AUGGACGCAGUCGACUAUGACCCGAUUGCACAUCUGAACGCCCUCUUCGGCCAUCCAUCGACCCUCGACCAAGCCGCCGCCGUGUCGCAGCAGCUACACAAACAACAGCAUGACCUCUAUCAACACAUGGGCCGCAUGGUCGCCCGGCAGGCAGAGAGCGAUGCCGACAGCGUGCGCCGUAUAAAUCAAGCAAAGGAAGAGCUGGGAGAUGUCUUUGGCCGCAUCGAUCGCGUGCGCGCAAGAGCGCUGGACACCGAGAGAUCCAUCACCGAUAUGACGGCCGACAUCAAGCGCCUCGACCAUACCAAGAGGAACCUGACCCUGUCCAUGACCGCCCUCAAACGCCUGCAGAUGCUGACCACCGCAUACGAGCAAUUGCGCACACUUGCUUCAACUCGUCAGUACCGGGACUGCGCUCAUCUGGUCUCGGCCGUAGUCCAGCUCAUGGCACAUUUCAAGACAUACCGCAGCAUUCAACAGAUUGCCCAACUCAGUCAGAAUGUCGCCGAUCUCCAGCGACACUUGCUUGACCAGAUUUGUGAAGAUUUUGAGCUUGCCUUUGCUAGAGAAUCUGUUGCUUCGAGUCGCAACAUGCUGGCCGAUGCCUGUCAUGUCAUGGAUGCUUUGGGCGAUCAUGCUCGCGCUCGUCUGACUACCUGGUACUGUAACACCAUGUUGCGUGAGUAUCGUCAAGUCUUUCGUUCCUCCGACGAAGCUGCUUCGCUGGACAACAUCUCCCGCCGCUAUUCUUGGUUCAAUCGUAUGCUCAAAACACAUGACUCCGACCAUGCUUCCUUGUUCCCUUCCUUCUGGCGUGUCGAUGAGAUGCUAGCAAACGCUUUUUGUGAGACUACCCGGGAAGACUACAAGCAGAUCUUACAACGUUCCAUGCGCCGUGCAGAUGGCCAGCCACCUGAUGUCAACCUACUCCUAUCAUGCUUGCAAGAAACUCUGGAUUUCGAGCACUCCCUCGAGCGCCGUUUCUCUUCUGCUGAGUCACGCUCCUCUUUGGACACGCUAGAUGAGAAGCCACGUGCCUUCAGUCAAGCCAUCUCUGAAGCUUUCGAACCAUAUCUCAGUAUCUGGGUCGAGUCCCAAGACAAGCAGCUAGCUCUGCUUAUCCCAAAGUACCGCCAACAACCCGUUCGAAACACCGAAGACGAGUUCCAUGCCCAUACUGUCAUGCCCUCUUCUACCGAGCUCUUCCACUCUUACCGCAUCACAUUUGCACAAUGCGCAAAGCUAUCGACUGGCUCACGGCUCCUGGACUUGUCAAAAACAUUUGCCAAGUAUCUCGAUGUCUACUGUCAGCAGGUCUUGUACCAUGCCUUGUCCGAACGAUCGGCGUCAGUUGAAGAUAUAGUCACCAUCCUGAACACUGCAGAUUAUUGCUAUCAAACUACCAACCAGCUAGAGGAACGCAUCAAGUCGCGUGUCGACCCAGAUUUGCGUGCCCAGGUUGAUCUGCAGUCUCAAGCCGACUCUUUUAUGGGUAUCGCAUCAGCCUCCGUUAAGGCCUUGGUGAGGAGAGUCGAGCUAGACUGCGAUGCACCCUGGAGAGAGAUGCGCAAUGUCCCUUGGAGCAAGAUGGACAAUGUCGGUGACCAAAGCCCCUACGUUGCUCCUUUGGUGCAGCGUGUCAAGGAGAAGACAUCCGAAGUUCUCAACUACUUGCAGAAGCAACACUACGCACGUGCAUUCUGUGACAAUUUGAUCGACGCUCUUGCCAGCUCCAUCUUGACCAACUUGGUGGUCUGUCGACCCAUAUCGGAAACAGGUGCUGAACAGAUGCUACUCGACUCUUAUGUCCUGAAAAAGGCAUUCACCGAGCUGUCUACAGUCAACGCCGAAGCGGGAACUACACCCAACGCCAACUUCGUCAAGAGGGUCAACCAAAGCAUGGCCAAGCUCGACCCCUUGUUGAAAACACUACAAGUGCGCGCCUCGCCACCUGAAGGAUUGGUCCAGGCAUAUUUGAUACACAUGCAAGAUCGAUCCGAGCCAAACUUCCGCAAGAUACUCGAGCUCAAAGGCAUCACGCGUAAGCAAGAACAGGCUCAGUUGGUAGAGCUGUUCAACGCACACAAAGCGUCACCGGCGAACGAAGCCCUGCAGCUGUCCAACCCCUUGAUCGCCAACAUCUCACUGCAAGCGGCAGGUGCGACUGUGCCGGGCAUUGCCGCACUCAAAGACAGCGCUGCCUCGCACUCGGCACCAGCUUUGGCAGGAACGACUGCUCGGUUUGACCCCUCCACGUUUGGUUCUGCUCUCAUGAACGCCGCUCGUGAUGGCGUUGACCGGUUUGGUUCACCAGCCCUAGGUGGCACGGCGUCGGCUGCAAGCGCCAGUAGAGCAAUCAGCCCGCCACCUAUGGGUGCUCUGGGUCUCAAUGCUGAAAGCGCCCAUGCUAGCAUCAACGAAAAUCUCAAGAAUAUUGGCAAGUUCUUCCGUCGCGAUGUUAGCGGAUUCGGGGGUUUCGGCAAGAAAGAAGAGGGCAGGAGGAGCAUGGAGAAAAGAUAA